CCUUACCUUUCCUGCCUUCAUCUUCUUUAUUUCUUUCUCCUUUAGCUUUCUUUCUGUUUGCUUAGCAGGCUAGCUGCCUCUCUGCUACCUUAGUAUUCUCUCUCUCUUUGCUGGAUUAUAUUCUUCUCCAUAUAUUUCCAAAAAACCAGUCGCCCUUUAUUAAAGCUACUACUAAAGAUUAAAGAUAGAGAUCAUCAAAGAAAGGAAAAAAAAAUUCGAAUUUAACCAUGGUUUUCUCUUCUUUUCCUGUCUAUUUAGAUCAUUCCAAUUUGCACCAGUUACAACAGUCUGCUGCAGGUUACCAUCAACAAGGAACUGGCCUCGAGAAUCCUCAGAUUUCGACGCUGCCGGUGCCGGCGCCGGUGGGUGCCGGGCAGGGUUCGAUCCGGCCCGGGUCGAUGGUGGAUCGAGCCCGGCUAGCCCGGAUGCCUCAGCCGGAAAACGGUUUAAAGUGUCCCAGGUGUGAUUCCACUAGUACCAAGUUUUGUUACUACAAUAACUACAGCCUUUCGCAGCCGCGCCACUUCUGCAAGACGUGCCGCCGUUACUGGACUCGAGGGGGCGCUAUGAGAAACGUUCCGGUGGGUGGAGGCUGCCGGAGGAAUAAGAGGAGUAAGAAGUCCGGGGGAGCCGCCGCAGCUGUCACCGAGAAACAAAGCGGCGGCGGCGCCGGGAAUAGUAAUAAUAUUAAUACUUCCACCGCCGCCCAUAUUUCAUGCCCUACUAGCUGCGGAAGCGCGGAAAUUUCCGGCAACUUUUCGCAGCCGCCACUCAUGGCCGCGUUUCAAGCCGGCUUAAACCAUUUCGGCGGCUUCCAGCCUCCGCAACUGGUGGCUAACGAAAACGGAGGGUUUGGUGAUAUGAGCUUUCAAUUAGCAGCCGAGCCUUGGAGAUUGCCGGCGUCUUUAACCGCCUUUGACACGCCGCCACCCACAAAUCUAUUCCCUUUCCAAAACGAAGCAAUUGAGGCCUCAUCUUCCCGCCCAACCUCCGAGUUUCCUCAGCUCACAUCAUCGGUAAAAAUGGAAGACACCCAAGGGCUGAACAGUAAUUCAACAAAGCAGUUCCUCGGCGCUCUUGGAAACAACCAAUUCUGGGGUGGCGCCGGUGGUAACACUUGGACUACUGGAGGCUUUUCCGGCCACCUCAACUCCUCUUCCACUUCAUCUUCCACCACCCAUCUUCUAUGAUUGUAUUUCAUUACCCAUUCUGCAACCUCCAAACCCUAGCUAUUACUGCCUAGAAUAUUCACCGUCAGACACAGUGAUUACUGUCCUUUAAUUGAAGGUGUGAUCCAUCAAAGGCUUUCUUGGACAUCUAUCAGCUCAACUCAACUUGCAGUAGGUCUUGUUUAUGCAUGUGUAUUAUUUUAAAUUCCCAACUUUUCUUGAUGGUUUGCAUCUAGGCUUUCACCUAGUAUUCUAUAUUUGUGGGCUUCUAUGGUGUAUGUGUGAUGUUUGCGUGUAUUCCAACAUUGAUAUUCGGUAAUAAUUACUCUUUUCCUAGCUA